UCCAAAGAUGAGUGUUAAGUAUUCAUGCAGAUUGUCCUGAAAAAUUGAUGAAUACGACGUAACACUUUUAGCACAAAGUCGGCAUAGUUCUUCAGUGCAAGAAAUAGCUUCUUUCUUCACUUCACAACUUAAUUCUAAGGGAUUUAAGUAAUUCAUUUUAAAAACCUUAUGUUUUGCUCAAGAACAGUUCUUUAUAAGCAUAAAAUAUAAAAUAUGUUUGUAUCGUUUGUAUGAAUAUGUUACGUUUGUCUCUUUCUACACGUUGUCAAAAUUUGUUUGAAUAUGUUUGUCUCUUUCUACACCUUGUCAAACACGGUUUUUGAUUGAUGAUUUGAGAAAGGUAAAGAUGGAAAUGAUACGAUCAAACUGAUAGAUGCAACCCGGCGUUAUUAUAAAAAACCUUGCUCGUAAUCUGAAAUUCAUCAUCUUCAAAAAGACUACUUAAAAUUGUACUUGACAACCUUUAGAAAGAGACAGGAAUACUCAGAGACAGAUAUACUCAGAGACAGAGACAGAUAUAUUCAUACAAAACAUAUAAACGCCAAAAAACUAUUUUACUUCUAAAAAACAUUAAAAUUCCUAAAAUGACUGAUAUAAAUCCAUUAGAAUUAAGUUGUGAGGUGAAGGAAGAAAUUAUUACAUGCACUAAAGAACUAUGCCGACUUUGUGCUAAAAGUGUUACGUCGUAUUCAUCAAUUUUUCAGGACAAUCUGCAUGAAUACUUAGCACUAAUCUUUGGAGUAUCGAUCCAGCAGAAUGACAAUUGGCCAAAAUCGAUUUGUAACAUAUGCUUAGAAUUGGCUAAAAAUUAUGUAAAAUUUGUUUUAUCUGUCCGUAGAGCAGAGACAAGCCUCCGAAGUAUUUAUGGGGAACUAUCAAACACGCCGGAACCCGGUAUCUCUUUUAUUAAUGUCCAGGAAAUACUUAAUCCAGAAGAUACCAGAGAUCAUGGAAUUGAGGGCAGUGACGAGAAUGAAAAUGAAGAUAAGGAUGUUAACGUUCAUGAAACUGAGAGUGAAGAUUCAUUAGAUAAUUCGGAAAUGCAUAAAAUCGCCAACAAAAGAAAGAGAAAGGAAAGCCACAACCAAGAUGCACCACCAAAGGGCAAAAAGUCCGCUUUAAUGGAAGAAAAUGAUGGUGCAUCAUGUGAAUCAGAAGCAAUUACCCAAAAGAAGAAUCGAGCUCGUCCAUCCAAAUCCAAACCUCCUACACAAAAUCGACGUGUACCCUCUACAGAUAAAUCAAAAGAAGAGGAUGAGAGGAUAAAAAAAUUCUUCAAAAUGGAGUGUUCUGUUUGUUCAAAUCCUUUCGAAACGUACAACGAGUUAAAAUCUCAUGCCAUAAAGAUUCAUAAUGAUCAAAAAUUGGCUUUUAUAAUAUGCUGCAAGAAAAAGUUGGACAAUCGCACAAAAAUCGUAAACCAUCUUAAUCAUCAUACCAAACCUGAUGCUUACAAAUGCCCAAAACCCGGAUGUUCCAAGACUUUCCUAACACCAACAGGAUUGUAUUCCCAUCAGCUCAACAAACACGUUAAAGGAAAGGAAAAGAUCAAAUGUGUCCAUUGCUCACAGAGUUUUCUCACACUCUAUCGCCUGAAGAGUCAUGAACUUAAGCAUUUGAAUGGAAAUGAAGAAAAGCAGAAAUUCAAAUGUAAGUGGUGUGACAAAGAAUUUGCACUAAAUUCUCUCUUAUUGCAACACAUAAGAUUUACCCAUGAUGACAAUGGGGAUGAUAUGCACACUUGCAAACUUUGUUUUAUGACCUUCAGAUCAAAAUAUUCCCUUAUUUUGCAUAUGUCUAUCCACAAAUCUAGCGACUAAUGUUCUUAUACUAUGGAAUUGUUCUUUCAUCUGAAUUUUAUUAAGUUGAAGAAAAAAAAA